AUGAAUUUGACCAACUGCACAAGAACAACUGAAUUUAUUCUUGUUGGGUUGCCACAUGUUUGGGGAAUGGAAAGGAUGAUGUAUGCAAGUGUCUUUCUGCUCUACAUCCUGUGUCUAUUGGGCAAUGGGCUCAUCAUUAUGAUGGUAAUUCUCGACCACCAUCUGCAGAAACCCAUGUAUUUCUUCCUUAGCAACCUUUCUUUCAAAGACAUUGGACACACUACCACCUUUAUGCCUAAACUGUUGUUCAAUUAUCUUUCUGCUAAUAACUCCAUCUGUUUUUAUUGCUGUUUAAUACAAUUUUGCUUCUAUUUCCUUUUUGGAGUCACUGAAUUUUUCAUUAUCACAUUGAUAUCCUUGGAUAGAUAUUUAGCCAUUUGCCAUCCAUUGAGACACUCCACUAUCAUGACUUCGGGGAUCUGCCUUAAACUGUCAAUAUCAGCCUGGUUUGGUGGAUUUUUCUCCAUAAUUUGUCAGGUAGUGAUGACUGCAAACUUGCCCUACUGCUCUUCCAACAUUAUCAAUCAUUUCUUUUGUGACGUUGGACCUGUGUUGAAGAUUGCAGGAGGAGAUUCACAUCUUAUUGAAGUCCUUGUCUUCCUUCUUGUUGUGGUCUUGAUUAUGUCCUCCCUGCUUUUUACCCUCAUUUCUUACUUCUUUAUCCUCUGCACUAUUCUCCAAAUGCCUUCAACCUCAAGGCAGCAGAAGGCCUUUUCUACAUGUGCUUCACAUCUGGUUGUGGUCAGCAUUCUGUAUGGAUCAGUCUUUUUCGUCUACUUAAGACCUACUGUUAAAAACUCUUCCUUCAGUAAGAUGAAGUCUGUCUCCAUAUUGUAUACUAUGAUCACCCCCGUGCUCAAUUCUUUCAUCUACACUAUUAGGAACAAUGAAGUACAGGAUUCUGUACGCAGAAUGCUAAGAAGAAAAGUUCCAGGUUUCUGA